AAGAAUCUCUACAAAGAUGUGAUGCUGGAGACCUGCAGGAACCUCACUGCUGUAGGCUGCAGUUGGGAAGACCAUAAUAUUGGAGAAGGGUGUCAAAGUUCUGGAAGACAUAGAAGGUAUGAAAGAAGUUGUACUGGAGAGAAACCCUCUGAAUACACGCAAUGUUGUACAGCCUUUGCAUGUCAUAGUCAUCUUCAAAGGCUUGCAAGAAUUGAUACUGUAGAGAAACCCUAUGGAGGUAUUGAAUAUGAUGCAACCUUUGCACAUCAUAGUAGUCUCCAAAAACAGAAAGGAAAACAUACUGGAGAGAAACCCCAUGAAUGUAAUCAGUGUGGCAAAGCCUUUGCACAACACAGUUAUCUCCAAAAACAUAAAAGAAUACAUACUGGAGAGAAACCUUACAAAUGUAAUCACUGUGGUAAAGCCUUUAGACGUCACGGUCAUCUUCAAAGGCAUGAAACAAUACAUACUGGAGAGAAACCUUACAUAUGUAAUCAAUGUGGUAAAGCCUUUGCAUGUUACAGUCAUCUUCAAAUACAUAAAAGAACACACACUGGAGAGAAACCUUAUGAAUGUAAUCAGUGUGGUAAAGCCUUUGCAUGUGAGAGCAGUCUUGCAAUACAUAAAAGAACACAUACUGGAGAGAAGCCUUAUGAAUGUAAUCAAUGUGGUAAAGGCUUUGCACAUCAUAGUAAUCUCCGAAUACAUAGAAGAACGCAUACUGGAGAAAAGCCCCAUGAGUGUCAUCAAUGUGGUAAAGCCUUUUCCCGGCACGGUCAUCUCCAAAUACAUAAAAGAUCACAUACUGGAGAGAAACCUUACAUAUGUAAUCAAUGUGGUAAAGCCUUUUCAUGUAACACUCAUCUUCAAAUGCAUAAAAGAACACAUACUGGAGAGAAACCUUAUGAAUGUAUUCAAUGUGGGAAAGCCUUUGGACGUCACAGUCAUCUUCAAAGGCAUAAAACAACACAUACUGGAGAGAAACCCUACAAAUGUGAUCACUGUGGCAAAGCCUUUGCACGUCGCAGUUAUCUUCAUGUACAUAAAAGAACACAUACUGGAGAGAAACCUUAGGAAUAUAAUGAAUGUGCUAAUGCCUUUACAUGUCAAAGUAGUCUAAGAAUAUAUAAAAGAAGACAUACUGGAGAGAAACCUUAUGAAUGCAAUCAAUGUGGUAAAGCCUUUGCACAUCUCAGCAGUCUCCAAAGACAUAAAAGAACACAUAAUAGGGAGAAACCCUACAAAUGUAAUAAAGGUAAUAAAGCCUUUGCAUGUAUCAACAGCCUUCAAAAUCAUGAGAAAAAAUCAUAUCACAGAAAAACCCUAUAAAUAUAGUGAGUAUGGCAAAGUUUUGCACUUCAUGGUUGUCUAUACAAGAGUAAAACUUGUUGUGUGUAGUUGGUCUGUUAAAGCCUUUGCAUAUCACAGUGAUUUUUGAGAACCUGAAAGAGCUCAUACCUAAGGGAGUCUGACUACAAUGGAUUUGGUAAGAUCUUUGGCCAGCACACUUAAAGAUUAUUUGUUGUGGAGGAAAAAAAAUCUGAUAAAUGUCAACAAUCUGUUCAAGGAUUAUGAUAUGUAUUUUGUUUGCACCUGCAAAUGCAUGUGGACAAAAGUCCUGUGAAUUUAAACAAUAAGUUAUCCCUUUUAAAUUUCACACUUCAAUUACAUGAAAUAACUCAUCCUUGUGUAAAACUUACGGAUGUGUAAUAGUGCCUUUUCUAUUGCUGUGAUAAAGCAUGGUAUCUAGGUCAACUUAUGAAAGAGUUGGUACUUGAUUCCUGAGGGAUACAGAAUCACCAUGAGAGUGUCAUGGCAACAAUUGUCAGAUAGAUAUGAGAGCUAAAGCAGAAACCUAAGAACUUAUAUCCUUAAGUUGAAGCAUGAAGCACAGAGUUGGAACUGAAAAUGGUGUGUGGAUGUAAACUUUCAGAUGCACCCCCUAGGGAUAUUGCUUCCAGGAGGGCAGCAUUUCCUAAAUCUUCCCAAAUGAUACCACCAACUCAAUGAUUGGUUUCUCUGACUUCAAUCUUAUGUGUUUGCUUUCUGUUAUAUGAACCAAUUCAUGAUGAAGAAAAGUUCUGUAAGUAAGCUGUUAAAUGCCUUAACACCUGUGUUACAGGAAUUAAUGCUUACAAGAGAAAAGUGAAAAUUUGUUUAAAGAUUUGAUUCAGUUUUAAUUAUGUGAUGUCAGUGUGUCUCUGUGUGGGUAUAUGCACGUGCAUGCUGGUUCCCAAGAAGGUUUAGACCGUUGGCUUUUUUUUGUAGCAGGAGUUACAGGAAGUGUCAAAAACCUGACCUUGGGCCUAGGAUUGAACUUGUCAUAACUGUUUGGCCAUUUCUCUAGCCCUGUGAAUACUUUGGGGACUCUUUAUAUCAUCUUGAUAUCAGGAAAUAAGAAUGAACUCAUUCAAGAGAAAAACCCUGUUCAUGUAAAUGAUUUGGUAAAGAGUUAUACAUCACAGUUGUCUUCAGUUUCUCUUCAGUAAUUUAUAGAAUGGGAUGCCCAUUAUCUAAGUGGUUCAUUGUUUAAUUAAAUCACAAUCAGGCAGUGUGUGAUCUUACUUUUCAAGAGAGGGUGUCUGUGAAAAAGGGUGGUGGGUUGUUGUUGUUCCUGGUUUUAUUUUUCAUGUUUUCACAAUUUUCUUUGAAAUGUUGUUUGUUAUCCAGCCUGACUUAGAUGUCAGUAAUUAGGGUUGCAUUUGAACUCAUGAUCAUUGUGUGUCAGCCUCCUGAGUACAAGUCCAGGUGUAGAUGAUGUACCCCCAAUGUUUGCCAUUUUGUCAACAAUGUUACUGUUAAAAUGCUUAAUGGAAGAGAAUAUAAGAAACAUUAAAUACUUUAUACAUGUA